AUCCGUGUAUAUCGUGUUGUCACGAUAGAAGAGGCGCGGAUUUAACUUAACUCACGAUAUAAUCUUUUUAAAAAGAUCUCCGAAUUCCGAUUAACAAUCCUCCUGUAGAAAAUUUCGAGAGUUUGAAAGAAUUUCUCGUACGAUUGCGAGAAAGAAAUUUAUAUACUACGAUCUUUUCACGCGGAGAAGAAAGUCAAGUUAAUAAUGAAAAGAUUAAUUAAAAUAUAUACACAAUGUGUGGCAAACCGUUUUGGCGAAUCGCAAGCAGCCCAAUUAAGAUAUAAUCAAACGAAGAGCGUGGGAAAAGCGUGUUUGAUCCUCGAAUGAAAUCUUGACCCUGUUUCACGGGCCGCCGGUAUAUAAGCGCGGUAUUCGGAAAUGAUGCAACGCGCAUGCGUAAUGCGCGGUGUGUGCGCGCGUGCAGCGCACACAGUUUCGCGUCACUUCGCGUACUUAUCCGGCAUACAUUUGUGUUUGCACGCGGCGGGAGGGGGGUGGCGUGGGUGUGUAGGUGUAUACCUUCAACGGUUUACCACAUGUUGCGCUUAGGUGCGUGGAGCGCAAGUCCGCCACCAGGAGCCCGGGCCAUCAGGAUAGAGAGAAUUUCUCCCCUCGGCUCGGUCAGUUACGCGAGUACCAGCAAACGUUCCGCGUGUAUUUUAUUCCCCGUUUGUGUGCAACGGAGGGGGAGAUUAUGUCGCGAUAAAAAAAAGAAAAGGAGAAAAAGGAAAACACCUCUCGAAAGAUCCCUGCGUCGCGAGUAUAACAUAAUAUAUCGUAUUUCUCGAACGUGAAUAAUUCAAGUGAGAAUAAUCGAGAGAAAGAGAGUGAGAAUUAAACGAGAGAGGAGAGGAGAAAUAUAAGGUGUAUAGUGUUCCCGAUGCGAUGCCUAAUAUGUCCUACCAUUAGGUAGAACUUUUUUUUCCUCGAUAAGAUUCGAGCGCGUGACAGCGCGGCGGGGUGGCCCCAAUGCCGGUCAGGAAGGGCCUCCUCGCCCCACAAAACACUUUCCUAGAUACUAUCGCCACUCGUUUCGAUGGAACCCACAGCAAUUUUGUGCUGGGAAAUGCGCAGGUUCCGUCCCUCUAUCCGAUCGUUUAUUGCUCGGACGGUUUCUGCGAGCUGACAGGAUUCGCGCGAGCGCAAAUCAUGCAAAAGGGUUGCGCUUGCAAAUUCCUCUAUGGGCCGGAGACGAAAGAGGAGGAAAGGGCGAUGAUCGACAAGAGCCUCGAGAGCAAAACGGAGUUGAAGAUGGAAGUGGUGUUCUACAAAAAGAACGGAAGCCCGUUCGACUGUCUGCUCGAUAUCGUCCCGAUCAAAAACGAGAAGGGCGACGUCGUCCUCUUUCUGGCCUCGCACAAGGACAUCACCCACACCAAGAACCUUCAGCUGUACGCAAAAGGUGGCCUCGAUCCGGAAGCACCGCCGGCUAAUUACGGCAGGAGAAGGAGCCGGGCCGUCCUUUAUCAAUUGUCGGGCCAUUACAAACAGGACAAUAAGCACAAAAUUAAAUUGAAUAACAAUCUUCUUCAUUCCACCGCGCCACCGUUGCCCGAGUACAAAACGACGGGGAUAAAAAAGUCGCAAUUCAUUUUGAGCCACUACGGCGGGUUCAAGUCUUGCUGGGAUUGGUUAAUACUCCUCGCCACGUUCUACGUGGCGAUCGUCGUCCCUUUCAACGCGAGCUUCAUCAACAUCGACAGGCCGACCAUGGUCAGCGACGUUGUCGUCGAAGCACUCUUCAUAACCGAUAUCGUUCUGAACUUUAGGACGACCUAUGUGAGCAGAAAGGGUGAAGUGGUCAGCAACAGCAAAAGCAUCGCUGUCAACUAUCUAAAGGGUUGGUUUUUUGUCGAUCUUGUCGCCGCCUUGCCCUUUGAUUUUCUCUACGCGUCCGACGUUUACAGCGGCGAGGAAUCGGGACACGGCAACAUCCAUUUGGUGAAAUUAACGAGAUUACUGAGGCUGGCUCGACUGCUUCAAAAGAUGGAUAGAUACUCGCAGUACAGCGCGGUGAUUCUGACCAUGUUGAUGUUGUUCUUCAUCCUGGUGGCUCAUUGGCUGGCCUGUAUCUGGUUCGUAAUCGCAGAGAAGGAGAGAUUGAGAAACGACAACGAUUGGGACCUCGGCUGGAUUCACACGUUGGCGGAAAAAUUGAAGAUUUCGGUGGAGAACGUAACCCACGCGGAAAGUUACAUCACCGCUUUGUAUUUCACGUGCAGCAGCCUGACAUCGGUGGGAUUUGGAAAUGUGUCUGCCAACACGUUCUCCGAGAAGUUCUUCUCGAUUUGCACGAUGCUGAUUGGUGCUCUGAUGCAUGCCGUGGUCUUUGGUAACGUGACUGCAAUUAUUCAAAGAAUUUACUCUAGAAGAUCUCUAUACCAAACAAAAUUGCGGGAUCUCAAGGAUUUUUUCGUAUUGCAUCAGAUCCCCGAAGAACUGAAACAACGUAUGCAAGACUAUUUCCAAACUAUGUGGUCCUUGAAUCACGGUAUCGAUAUACACGAGACCCUGAAACAAUUUCCAGAGGAGCUGCGAGGAGAUGUUUCGAUGCACUUACAUCGCGAGAUAUUAAAUUUACCUAUAUUCGAGCCCGCUUCCCAGGGCUGUCUCAAAUUGCUAUCCCUCCGUAUUAAAAAUAAUUUUUGCGCCCCCGGCGAGUUUUUAGUUCACAAAGGGGACGCCCUCUCUUACAUAUAUUACCUGUGCAACGGUUCCAUGGAAGUUGUCCAAAAUAACAUGGUCGUUGCCAUCUUAGGUAAAGGUGAUCUGGUAGGCUGCGACAUAAACGUCCACCUGCAGCACACGAGUAACGGAGGCGGGGCGGGCGGAGGAGGUGCCGCGGAUGUCGUGGUGAAAUCGAGUUGCGACGUUAAAGCGUUAACCUACUGCGAUUUGAAGUGCAUAAAUAUGCAUGGAUUGGUCGAGGUGCUUCGUUUGUAUCCCGAGUAUCAGCACCAAUUUGCAAACGAUAUACAACACGAUCUCACUUACAAUUUACGGGAGGGAUACGAAGUCGAGCAAGAGUCGGAUAUGAAUGGGCCGUCGUUAACGCUACCCUCAAUCAGCGAGGACGACGAAAACGUGCCUGACGAAGGGGAGACGUCGCCCCUUUCACCGCCCAACAAAUCACCUUUGCACACGUCUUCGAGCCCGAGACACGCCAAAUUCAGGGACGAGUAUCGGGAGGCAAGGAGGCCUGCGAGGGGUGUUUUAGUGAGGGGGAGGGCGGCUCAGGUGAUCGCCCAAGAAUCGAUGGAAGAGCACAUCCGUGGAUCCGUGGAACGGUUGGACACCCAAUUUUCCACGUUGCAUCAGGACGUAGCCACGUUGAGUUGCGAGGUGAGAAAUGCCAUACAAGCUCUACAAAUAUUAGCGUGUUCGCCUCAAAGUAAUCCGAAUUUACCAACCCCCGCGAGUCGUGGGAGCGGAGUUUUGGCGAGAAGCUCGUCCCAUCCGCCGGAUGCUAUAUGCUGGGAUCCACCGAGGAGAAUGUUAGACGCGUCCACGCAAACCGACUGGCCCGUAGACUUGUUCGAAUCCUGGGUCCGAGCGAAUUCUCAAACAGUUCUGAGAAUCCUCGACCUCGAUCCGGAUCUACUUUCGAGGCAGCCACACUCCCCGACACCGUCGCCAUCUUCUCCCCCGCCACCUCCGUACGAGCCACUGUCACCUGUUGUUGGUACGCCGCCACGCUCGCUGUCCCCUAUCCAAGGAAACGAGUUCGUUUUUGGCAAUAAUCGGGGGGAACAGCAACAACACAUUCCUCGCACGUAUAAACCGACAAACUCCACGUGGGAUCCCGAGAAUAAAUUAUUGCACAGAUUUAGCGCGGGUGAUGCCGACAACGCAUCCCUGUAUCAGGCAUUUAGCAAUUUGCGCCGACUUCCUGAAUCGCGAUCGUUAAAAUUCGAUCCGUUUGAUAGCUGAACGUUUCCAGAAAAACAUAUCAGGGUUACAAGCCUUAGAAGAAAGAUAAAAUAUCGGGAAUACUUGUAGAAACAAAAGACAAAAAGGAGAGAAAAAAAAAAAAAAAAAAAAAAAAAAAGAUAUAAGAUAGGGCAACGAGGAACCAAAAACCACUCGUUUUUUAAGUGUUCAAGAUACAUUCGUGUUUUAUCAAUCACUUGUACUUCAAUAUCCUAUAUAUAAAAUCUUUCUAUACGAAAUGUAUAUUUCACUUUUUACAGACACGAGAUUUUGAAUUCAAUCGAUUAGUUAGGAACAAAUCGAUCGAAAUUUUCUUCAUUGCAUUGAAACACGUAAUGAAAUUCUAUCUUAUGGUAUAAAAAAUUUUUUACGAAACAUUGUCCAAAAAGAAGAAAAAAAACAAAUACGAUAUAAACGCUAUAUACCUUGCUCAUUUUAAAUAUUAAUAUUUGUUUAGAGAUUUCGACGCCUCGUCUGAUCCGAAUUUCUUAGAAUGGAACACGUGUACAAUCAUAAAUUUUAAAUCUAAAAAAAGUAUAAAUCGUAUGCGAAGUGAAUUGUUCAUACAUUUUUCAUAAAUGUAAUUUGUUAUUUUCGAAUAAUCGAAAUCGAGGAUACUUUGUCUCAAAGAUAUUUUUUACUCGUCUCUUAUAUCGUGAAUAUUUAAAAAUCCGGAGAUAACGAUGCAAUUUGUAUCGAGUAUAUAUAUAUAUAUAUAUAUAUCUAUCUCUUCCUCGGGAAACUUUUUGCUUAUGUCAUUCCAAUACGCAUACGUGUUGCUGUGAUUGAUUAAAUCUAGUUAGCGAAACUACAUAUACGUUUAUUUAAAAAAAAAAAAAUGUACUCUUGCGGUAAUUUUGCCGAAAGAUAAAUCGGCAAAAUAUAUUAUUUAAGAGCAUUCGUACUACUACUUUUCAAAUUCGCUGAACAAUAAAAAAAUUCAACGUUUAAGGGAAUUAUUGCGAAGUCUUGUUUUCAAAUCGAAAGACUUUAAAAUUAUCGGUGAAAAAAAGAAAAAAAAAGUUUUAAACUUUAGCGUAGCAAUAAUGUGCACAACAAAUUUUAAUGUAUCCGCCAACGUCCAAAUUAGACGAUUAGUUAUUGUAAAAAAAGUACGUAGCUAUAAACUCGAGCAUCUAUCGCAUUGAGAAACAAUGUUUAUUUCGAGACGCAUAUUUUAAAGAUAUAAUACGUUAAAUGAAUGGUAUUAAUUAAUUAAUUUAAAAUUAAUGUAUUAUACGAGACUACUACGCGCGGGAUAUAUCCAAUUGUAAGUAUUUCUUGAA